UAUUUUCCAGUAGUUGGGGUCAAAAGAAGAGGGAAAAUUAAUCAUGGUUGUGUAUAUUAUCUCCAUGGAUGUAAAUGUUAGUGGUGUUUACAUGGAAGGUUUGUGUGUGCCAGUUACAGCCAAGAUGCCCUGUACAGGGGACAAAUAAACUCCCUUCCAACUUGCGGUACGAGACAACAAUUAUACUGCUUUACAGCCCACACAAAAAUAAUACUUAACUAGAAUAAUACCUCCCUCUCCCUGUCUCUCUGUGUCUCUCUCCCUAUCUCUCUCUUGUUCAUCGUCAUCAUCUUGAUAUACAGCAUACUUCCUCUGCUUCAAAUUUCAUAACUUUUUUGUUUAGCUGUGAAGGGAUUUUUAAAAUUUUUAUCUUUUUGAACUUGAAAAAUCAAAAGAAGAAAAGGUAGGUGUUAUAUAUUGAUUUGGUUGUACAUAUUUGGGGGUUUUGCAUAUAAAUAUUGGUGAUUUAAAGUAAUGGGUUUUGGUUUUGUGAGUUUUUUUUGGGAUGGUUUGGUGGAAGGGAAGUCAUAAGAAUAAGCCCCAACCCUGAGGCUGUUGUCGGCGCGAGGUCUCUUUCUAUCGGCAUUGUCUGUAUCCAAAGAUGAUUCUCAAAUUUAUUUAUUCAAAAGUACAACCAAGAGAUUGAUUGAUUGAUUGAUUUUAUUCCUUCAUUCAUUCAUUAGUUUUCAGUUCUUAAAGCCCGUGAAAUCUUUGUGUAUCUCUGCUUCCCUUUACCUGCCUUUGUCUAUUUGACACUUGCAACUCCAAGAAUUGGUGCGGAUCAUAACUGAGUUUAUAUUACACUUUCUUGAUUUGACUGUAUUUUAAUGGUUUUAGCCGGGUUUUGGGAUUGAGAGACACUUCAUUUUUCAAUGCGGUAAUGUGGGUGAGUUUUGAUUUUGCUGAUUCUGGUAUUGGGAUCCUCUCUAAUUUUGUCAUUGGCAAAUGAAUCUGACAUUUCUGGAGAUCUGGCUGCAUUAUUCCUCUGGGAAUACAGGUUCCAUGUAUAGUAUUUCAUUUUCCAGUAAUACUUUACCGCAUAAUUGAAGUGGUUCCCAUACCAAAUGUCAGGGACUCUUGCAGCCAUAUUAGGAGGUGCUGCAGGAGCCGUGGCAUUGGUGGGGAUAGUUAUCUUUCUUAUAUGGUUCUGUCUAUCUCAUAAGAAGAGUGUUUCAAGAACUUCUGAGACAGGGUCUUCGGAACCAUCUCAAGGAGAAAGGCAUGUUGGGGUUGAGUUGUCCAUGCGAGAAGCAAGGCGUUUUGAGAUGGAAGAAUUGUCUGUUGCUACAAAAAAUUUUAGUGAUAAAAAUUUGAUUGCGUUAGGAAAAUUUGGGGAAGUGUACAAGGGUUUGCUUAAUGAUGGGAUGCUUGUGGCUAUCAAAAAGAGACCUGGAGCACCUAGCCCAGAAUUUGUUGAUGAGGUGCGCUACCUUUCACCUAUUCAGCAUCGGAAUCUUGUGACUCUUUUGGGCUACUGCCAGGAAAAUAAUCAACAGUUUCUUAUAUACGAGUAUGUACCUAGUGGGAGUGUUUCCAGUCACCUGUAUGGAGCUGGUCAAGUUUUGGAUGGGAAGCUAGAAUUCAAGCUUAGACUUUCAAUAGCUCUUGGUGCAGCUAAAGGUUUGGCUCAUCUUCACUCUCAGAGUCCCCGUUUAUUACACAAGGAUUUCAAAACAGCCAAUGUUCUUGUAGAUGAAAAUUUUAUUGCCAAGGUUGCAGAUGCAGGACUUCGUAAUUUCCUUGGAAGAGUUGAUGUUGCAGGUCCAUCUUCACAAGUGACAGCAGAUGAGAUAUUUCUUGCACCAGAGGUGAAAGAGUUCAGACGAUUUUCAGAUAAAAGUGAUGUAUUCAGUUUUGGCGUAUUCCUUCUGGAGUUACUACGUGGACAGGAAGCAACAGAAUCACCAUCUCCAGACUCCGGCCAAAACCUGGUUGAAUGGGUGCAAAAUACUCAGGAAUACAGUGCCUUUUCUAGCAUUGUUGAUCAAAGAUUGGGAACCAGUUUCACAGCUGAAGGUAUGGAGGAGUUCAUACAAUUGAUUAUCCGAUGCCUAGAACCUUCAAGCGAAAGGCGACCUGCCAUGAGUUACAUAGUGAUGGAGCUCGAUCGGAUACUGGAGAAAGAGAUGAGCUUAACAACAGUCAUGGGUGAAGGAACCACAACAGUGACACUUGGAAGCCAACUAUUUAAAUCAUCAAAAUAAAAAACAAAUUCGUUUGCCUCCAAAAUAUUGAGUGUGAUAUUUGUUAUACUUUUCUUUUUCUUCCUCUGUUCCUUAAUAUUCCCUCCCCCCCUUUUUUGAAAUAUUAGAGAAGAAAUUCAGCUGUUUGUUAAGUGUAUAAAAAUAACAGCUGUGUUAUUUUUUCAUUUUUUUUUUGUUGUCAUAAAUGUAUGUGAAAUCUUGUUGUAAACCAUUAUUUGUUGUUAAUAUGAAAGUAAGAGUUGAGAUUUGUGUGA